AAUCGUUUUUACAUUCAUGAUUUAACAUGUUGCCACUAGGUCUGUAAGUAUUGCUGGGGGCGGAGAUAAAGAUUGAAUGAAAAUAUUGAAUCACUUCAGCAACGUAGUCAGUGCUGCAAAACCCAAAACUAAAAUAAGCAGCCAUUAUGGUCCACUGGUCAGAGUCCGAAAGGAGUGCCAUAGAAGAUCUUUGGAACAAAAUCAAUGUCGAUGAGAUCGGGCCUCAGGCCCUGGCGAGAGUGCUGAUUGUUUAUCCAUGGACUCAGCGAUAUUUCGGCAAAUUUGGAAAUCUAAACAGUGUAGCAGCAAUCCUGGGAAACCCCGCGGUUGCUGCCCAUGGCAAAGUGGUGCUGAAUGCUUUGGACGCGGCAGUGAAGGACCUGGAUGACAUCAAGACGAUCUACUCGAACCUGAGCCAGCUGCACUGCGAGAUUCUCAAUGUAGAUCCUGAUAAUUUUAGGCUUUUGGCCGAUUGUCUCACCAUAGUAGUCGCGACCAAAUUUGGAGAUGAUUUCACCCCUGAAAUUCAAGCAACAUGGCAGAAGUUUCUGGCAGUCGUGGUCGCUGCAUUGAGCAGCCGCUACUUUUAAACUUUCCACUAAGACUGCAAUUGCUUUGUAUUUGUUGAAAUAAGUGUAUAAAUAAAGAUCUGUUUCUUAA